UUGGACAAAAUAAACCCCUCUUUCUCUGCGGCAAAGGGUUUUGUAGCGUCCUGCAGAUCGAAGAACCCUAAUUUCGCUUUCGCAUUCUAAAGUAAAAAUGGGAGGCAAGUGUCCUCAUAGAAGCGUCAAGAAGCGACGCUACUCUCACAAAACAGCUCGCCGCACUAAAUUUCUCGUCAAAGGUGAUGAUGCGGUUUACGAGGAGCUUCAUUGUAUGGUGGGCGACAACAAAUCCUUGCCCGUCGACGAAGACCUUCCUGGAAUGGGCCAAUAUUACUGCCUGCACUGCGAUCGGUAUUUCGCGAAUGUAGCGGUUAGGGAUGAGCAUUUCAAGACCAAACGACACAAGAAACGUAUGAAGCUGAUGAUGGGACCUGCGCCACAUACACAACUUGAUGCUGACCUAGCUGCUGGAAUGGGCAUGCCAGAUAAUGGUCCAAAGCUUUUGUCAACUUGAGCUAUUCCCCUUCAUUGGUGCUUUACGUGUGUUAAUUAGACUAAUGGGUAGUCUUCACUGCUGGAAACAAAGUUUGAAUGUAUCAUUGUGGUCGAAGUUGGUUCAGGCUGGAUCCUGAAGCGUAUCCCUUCUCUCUUACAUCAAUUGAGCUGGUUGUAAAUCGAUUUGCUUACACUUUUUUUUUUCCCGAUUUUAUAUGCUGUUAUUUAGUGCAGUUAGUUCAUUUACCACCCUCAAAUAUUUUUAUGAACAUUGGUAAGUAAUGCUCAUUUAAUCUCGUCCUUGUGCUUA